UCUUCAAUGAAAUGGGUUUUCAGGCAAUUUACAGGAGAUCUGGCGUCAAUACUGAAGCUAUUUGUUGGUUACAAAUCUGUAGAUGUUUCUGUGUUUGUUUUCAACUAUUUUUCUUACCAUUAUUUAUUUUGUGCUGUGAAAACAAUCUGCAGUAAGCGAUAGGCUAUAUUUUUUUAUUUUGGCAGAUUAGCUCUUCACAUGCUGCAAUUCACCUUCAAUGAAGCUCCUCCCACAAGAAUCACAUCAUCAGUGAAGCUCCGCCCACAGUAAUUCAGCUAUAAAUGCUGGAAGACUCCCAUCAGUUCACAAGUGAAGACGAGCAUCAAAGCAUCAGAAAGAGCUGAAAUCUGCAAAGAAGAUGAGAGAUCCAGAACCCUGCAGAAUCAAACACACUGAAGAUACUGAAGAACAAACAGAGCCGAUUGAAGAAAACAAGGAGAAUGAAGAAUUGAGUGAAGUUGAGGAGAAAAAUCAUGUCAAAACUGGAGAAAAACUCAAGAGUUGCUCUCAAACCAAACAGAAGGAUUUAAAGAAAAAAAGAACCAAGAAAUCAUUCACCUGCACUCAGUGUGGAAAGAGUUUGACAUGCAAAAAAAGUCUUGAUGUUCACAUGAGAAUUCAUUCUGGAGAGAAACCGUACACUUGUGAUCAGUGUGGGAAGAGUUUCUCACAAUCAUCAAACCUUAAGGAUCACAUGAACAUCCACACUAGAGAGAAACUGUACACAUGUGAUCAAUGCAGCAAAACAUUUUUGAGAGCUUCAGAACUGAAGAUACACCUGAGAGUUCAUACAAAGGAGAAGCCGUAUUCAUGUUAUUUGUGUGGAAAGAGUUUUUCACAUGUACAAAAUUUGAAAGAACAUCAGAAAACACAUACCGGUGUGAGAGAGUACAUGUGCUUUGAGUGUGAGAAGAUGUUUACUUCAGCGAGCGGUUUAAAACAGCACCAAAGGAUCCACACUGGAGAAAAACCUUAUAAGUGUUCACACUGCGACAAGAGAUUCAGUCGGUUAGGAAAUCUGAAAACGCAUGAGAAGAUCCACACUGGAGAGAAACCUUAUAAGUGUUCACACAGUGACAAGAGGUUCAGUGUGCCGUCAAGUCUGAAAACACAUGAGACGAUCCACACUGGAGAGAAACCUUAUAAGUGUUCACACUGUGACAAGAGGUUCAGUGUGCCAUCAAGUCUGAAAACACAUGAGAGAAUUCACACUGGAGAGAAACCUUAUAAGUGUUCACACUGUGACAAGAGAUUCAGUGAUUCAUCAAAUCUGAAAACACAUGAGAAGAUCCACACUGGAGAGAAACCUUAUAAGUGUUCACACUGUGACAAGAGGUUCAGUGUGCCAUCAAGUCUGAAAACACAUGAGAGGAUUCACACUGGAGAGAAACCUUAUAAGUGUUCACACUGUGACAAGAGGUUCAGUGAUUCAUCAAAUCUGAAAACACACGAGAGGAUUCACACUGGAGAGAAACCGUAUCACUGCACUGCAUGCGGGAAGAGUUUCAAUCAUUCAUCUGGUCUACACAUUCAUACAAAAAACAAUCACAUUUUCACAGUUGAAUCUGCUGGUUUUGAAGAUGAAGAUGAAGAUGGACUUUAUUCACUGAGAUUCAGAUCAACUCAAAGAUGGAGUUCCUCCCCGAAUUGUCUUAUAAUGCAGAUGUGAUGCAAUCUGGGAAAACCCAUCAGAUGUCGCGCUGGGACGAUUUCAGGAAAUUCGAUAAAUAGGUUGAAAGUCAUUUUGUUGUCAAAAUUAGGUUUUCAUUAAAAUAAAACACUUACUAAAAAAGAUGAAAUAUUUUGAUUUACCUCCAUGCCAUGUACUCAUUAAUCAACAUCAAAGAAACUGUGAACAUGCAAAUGUGAUAUUUAAUUAUUGAAAUAUUUAUUUUAAAAUCUCAGGAGUACUUAAAGUAUAUUUGGUGAUUAAAGUUUAGAUGACAAAAAGUUUUGGAAUGCCUGCAUUACAUGUAAAUAAGAAAUAAUGUGAAUAUAUGCAUUUUAAUGAAUUUGAAAGACAAAAACCUUCCAAAGACAUAAAUCCAGUGGUCAAAUGCUGUAUCGCCACCUGACUAAUGACUGUGUGAAUGUCCACAAAACUGGACUUUCUGAAUAUAUAUAACUGUAGGCCAUUUUAGAAAGGAGAAUUUAAAAGAUGAAAAGAGAAAUUAGGGAGAAUCAAUGAAUUAUGAAUAAUUUAUUGCUAUUGUGUGAAUAAUAUGUAAUCCUCAUGUAAUCCAUAAAAAAGUAACUGUAGUCUGAUUACGAGUAUUUUAAAAUGCAACUUACUCUAAUUACAAGUACUUCAUUUUUGGAAUCUGAUUACGUAAUCCAGAUUACAUGUAAUCAGUUACUACCCAGCUCUGUAUGUAUGUAUGUAUACAUGUAUAUAUACACAUUAAAUUUUUCACUCGGUGUUAUAUUGCAGCCAUUUGCUAAAAUCAUUUAAGUUCAUUUUUUUUCCUCAAUGUACACACAGCACCCCAUAUUAACAGAAAAACACAGAAUUGUUGACAUUUUUGCAGAUUUAUUAAAAAAGAAAAACUGAAAUAUCACAUGGUCCUAAGUAUUCAGAUCUAAUACAGCCAUGAGUGUUUUUGGGAAAGAUGCAACAAGUUUUUCACACCUGGAUUUGGGGAUCCUCUGCCAUUCCUCCUUGCAGAUCCUCUCCAGUUCUGUCAGGUUGGAUGGUAAACGUUGGUGGACAGCCAUUUUUAGGUCUCUCCAGAAAUGCUCAAUUGGGUUUAAGUCAGGGCUCUGG